ACAUCCACCAAGAGGGAGGGAGGGAAGGAGGGAGUGAGAAAAGAGGCAGCGAUUCGCUGCAGCAGCUCCCGGCUGCAACUCCUGAACUCUCCCGCUCACUGCCCGGGCUUGUCCGGACCAACUUGGCUUCUUCCCCUCGGCUCUCUUUUCUUUAGCCCUUGUGCACUCUUCUUUCAUUUCCCGUGGGUGCUCAAGUUCUUUCAAGAAUCAAGCCUCCCGAGAUGCGGCCGCCUGGGUCCGGGCAGCACCCACCGACUUCACUCGGGUUGUGGACAAGCUGAAGAUCGGAGGGAGGAGACAAAGUUGCUACUUCAGACGCGGUUUUUUAUACAUAAUCCAAACUGCGCCGGGGAUUACGGAGCUAGGGGAAGGACUUUAAAAGUGGGGCACCAACGUCUCGGCUCGACUGGUUCCUGAGAGUUAAGCUAUGGGGAGACAUUUGACUUUGCUUCUGCUUCUGCUCCUUCUACUCCAACAGUUUGGAGACAGUGGUGGAAGCCAAACACUUGAACAGAUUCCUAUGCAGUUCACACAUGCCCAGUACAAUGUCACCGUGCAUGAAAACUCUGCAGCUAAAACCUAUGUUGGACACCCUAUAAAGAUGGGUAUUUACCUUACAAACCCACUGUGGGAAUUAAGGUACAAAAUUGUCUCAGGAGACAAUGAAAACCUGUUUAAAGCUGAAGAGUAUGUUUUUGGAGACUUUUGCUUUCUAAGAAUAAGGACCAAAGGAGGAAACACAGCUAUCCUUAAUAGAGAAGUGAAAGACCAUUACACAUUGAUAGUCAAAGCAGUUGAAAAAAAUACUAAUGCUGAAGCACGAACAAAAGUCAGGGUACAAGUGCUGGAUACAAAUGACUUGAGACCAUUAUUCUCACCCACAUCCUACAGUGUUUUUUUACCUGAAAAUACAGCCAUCAGGACCAGUAUCGCAAGAGUCAGUGCCACAGAUGCAGACAUAGGAACCAAUGGAGAAUUUUACUACAGUUUUAAAGACCGAACAGACAUGUUUGCUAUCCACCCAACCAGUGGUGCAGUAGUUUUAACUGGUAGACUUGAUUACACAGAGACCAAGCUUUAUGAGAUGGAGAUUCUUGCUGUGGACCGUGGAAUGAAAUUAUAUGGUAACAGUGGUAUCAGUAGCAUGGCAAAGCUGACAGUCCAUGUAGAGCAAGCCAACGAAUGUGCUCCUGUGAUAACAGCAGUGACAUUGUCACCAUCAGAAUUGGACAAAGACCCAACCUAUGCAAUUGUAAGUGUGGAUGACUGUGAUCAAGGUGCCAAUGGGGAGAUCGCUUCUUUAAGCAUUGUGGCAGGUGACUUCCUUCAGCAGUUUAGAACAGUGAGAUCCUCUCCAGGAAGUAAAGAAUACAAAAUCAAGGCAAUCAAUGGCAUUGAUUGGGAUAAUCAUCCAUUUGGCUACAAUUUGACAUUGCAGGCUAAAGAUAAAGGAGUUCCUCCCCAGUUCUCUUCUGUAAAAGUAAUUCAUGUGUCCUCUCCACAGUUCAAAGCUGGGCCGGUCAAAUUUGAAAGGGAUGUUUAUAGAGCAGAAAUAAGUGAAUUUGCUCCUUCUGACACACCUGUGGUCAUGGUAAAAGCGACACCCACUCACUCUCAUUUGAGGUAUGUUUUUAAAAGUACACCUGGCAGAGCUAAAUUUAGUAUAAAUCACAACACUGGUCUUAUUUCCAUUUUGGAACCAAUUAAAAGACAGCAAGCAUCCCAUUAUGAACUUGAAGUAACAACAAGUGACAGAAAAGCCUCAACCAAAGUCAUAGUUAAAGUCUUGAGUGCAAAUAGCAAUCCCCCUGAAUUUUCCCAGACAGCAUACAAAGCAUCUUUUGAUGAGAAUGUGCCUAUCGGUACUACAGUCAUGAGUGUGAGUGCCAUAGACCCUGAUGAAGGUGAGAAUGGGUACGUGACUUACAGUAUUGCCAAUUUAAAUCGUGUGCCAUUUGUGAUUAACCAUUUCACUGGUGCUGUGAGUACUUCAGAAAACUUGGACUAUGAGCUAAUGCCUCGAGUCUACAUGCUUAAGAUUCGAGCAUCAGACUGGGGCUUGCCGUACCGCCGGGAAGUUGAAGUCCACGCUACAGUUACUCUCAAUAACUUGAAUGACAACACACCCUUGUUUGAGAAAAUAAACUGCGAAGGAACAAUUCCCAGGGAUCUAGAUGUGGGAGAGCAAAUCACUACUGUUUCUGCCAUUGAUGCGGAUGAACUUCAGUUGGUACACUAUCAGAUUGAAGCUGGAAAUGAACUGGAUUUGUUUAGUUUAAACCCCAACUCUGGGGUAUUGUCUUUAAAACGGUCACUAAUGGAUGGCUUAGGUGCAAAGGUAUCUUUUCACAGUCUGAGAAUUACAGCUACAGAUGGAGAAAAUUUUGCCACACCAUUGUAUAUUAACAUCACUGUGGCAGCCACUCGCAAGGCAAUACAUUUGCAAUGUGAAGAGACUGGAGUUGCCAAAAUGCUGGCAGAGAAACUCUUACAGGCAAAUAAAUUACACAACCAGGGAGAAGCUGACGAUAGUUUCUUUGGUUCUCACUCUCUCAACGCUCACGCACCACAGUUUAGCAGUACUCUUCCAACUGGUAUUGAGGUAAAGGAAAACUAUCCUGUGGGUUCCAGCAUAAUUUUCAUGAAUGCUACUGACCUUGACACUGGUUUCAAUGGAAAAUUGGUCUAUGCCAUUUCUGGAGGAAAUGAGGAUAGUUGCUUCAUUAUUGACAUAGACACAGGAAUGCUAAAGAUCUUAUCUCCACUUGACCGUGAAACAACAGACAAAUAUACCCUGAACAUUACAGUAUAUGACCUUGGUAUACCACAGAAAGCUGCUUGGUAUCUUCUUAAUGUCAGAGUUCUGGAUGCCAAUGAUAAUGCACCUGAGUUUUUACAGGAGAGCUAUUUUGUUGAAGUGAAUGAAGACAAGGAGAUAAAUAGUGAAAUCAUCCAGGUUGAAGCCACGGACAAAGAUCUAGGACCAAAUGGACACGUGACAUACUCUAUUGUUACAGACACAGAUAAGUUUUCAAUUGACAGUAUAACCGGUGUCGUUAAAAUUCUGUACCCUUUGGAUCGUGAAAUACAGCAUGUGUAUUACUUAAAGAUUGAAGCUAGGGAUCAAGCCAAAGAAGAACCUCAGCUGUUCUCUACUGUACUUUUGAAAGUGUCAUUAGAGGAUGUUAAUGACAACCCACCUAAGUUCAUUCCACCUAAUUAUCGUGUGAAAGUUCGAGAGGACCUUCCUGAAGGAACCAUAAUCAUGUGGUUAGAGGCUUAUGAUCCAGAUUUAGGUCAGUCUAGUCAAGUAAGAUACAGUCUCAUAGACCAUGGAGAAGGAAACUUUGAUGUGGAUAAACUCAGUGGAGCAGUUAGAAUUGUACAACAGUUGGACUUUGAGAAGAAGCAAGUAUAUAAUCUCACUGUGAGGGCCAAAGACAAAGGGAAGCCACUUUCUCUGUCUUCCACUUGCUAUGUGGAAGUUGAAGUGAUUGACGUGAAUGAAAACUUAUACCCACCAGUGUUUUCCAGCUUUGUGGAGAAGGGUGUAGUGAAGGAAGAUGUCCCAAUUGGCUCCUCAGUCAUGACAGUAUCAGCUUAUGAUGAGGACACGGGAAGAGAUGGGGAGAUCCGGUAUUCCAUUAGAGAUGGUUCUGGUGUUGGUGUUUUCAAAAUAGAUGAAGAAACAGGUGUCAUUGAGACUUCAGAUCGACUGGACCGUGAAUCAACCUCCCGUUACUGGCUAACAGUCUAUGCAACUGAUCAGGCUGUUGUUCCUCUUUCCUCAUUUAUCGAAGUCUACAUAGAGAUCGAAGAUGUCAAUGACAAUGCACCACAGACUUCAGAGCCUGUUUACUAUCCAGAAAUUAUAGAAAAUUCUCCCAAGGAUGUAUCUGUGGUUCAAAUAGAAGCAUUUGAUCCAGACUCUAGUUCUAACGACAAGUUAACAUACAAAAUUACAAGUGGAAAUCCACAAGGGUUCUUCACUGUGCACCCCAAAACAGGUCUCAUCACAACUACAUCAAGGAAACUAGACCGAGAACAGCAAGAUGAACACAUAUUAGAAGUUAUGGUGACAGACAAUGGCAGUCCUCCUAAGUCAACCACUGCAAGAGUUAUUGUGAAAAUCCUUGAUGAAAAUGACAACAAACCUCAGUUCCUGCAAAAAUUCUACAAAAUCAGACUUCCUGAACGAGAAAAGCCAGAACGAGAAAGAAAUGCCAAAAGAGAGCCUAUAUAUCGUGUUAUCGCCGCAGACAAAGACGAAGGCCCCAAUGCAGAAAUCUCCUACAGUAUUGAAGAAGGAAAUGAGUAUGGCAAGUUUUUCAUUGAACCCAAAACUGGAGUGGUUUCAUCCAAGAAGUUUUCUGCAGCUGGAGAAUAUGAUAUUCUUUCAAUCAAAGCUGUUGAUAAUGGUCGUCCCCAGAAGUCUUCAACAACUCGACUCCAUAUUGAAUGGAUCUUCAAACCCAACCCUUCCCCAGAGCCAAUUUCAUUUGAAGAAUCUUUUUUUACCUUUACUGUUAUGGAAAGUGAUCCAGUUGCUCACAUGAUUGGAGUCAUAUCUAUUGAACCAACUGGCAUACCUCUCUGGUUUGACAUCACUGGUGGCAACUAUGACAGUCAUUUUGAUGUGGACAAAGGCACUGGAACCAUCAUUGUUGCCAAACCUCUUGAUGCAGAACAAAAAUCAAAUUAUAACCUUACAGUUGAGGCAACAGAUGGAACUACCACUAUAGUAACUCAGGUAUUCAUCCAAGUAAUUGAUACAAAUGACCAUCGCCCACAAUUUUCUACAUCCAAAUAUGAAGUUGUUAUUCCUGAAGACACAGUGCCAGAAACAGAAAUUUUACAAAUCAGCGCUAUAGAUAAGGAUGAGAAGAACAAACUAAUCUACACUCUGCAGAGUAGUAAUGAUCCACUGAGUCUGAAGAAAUUUCGUCUUGAUCCUGCAACCGGCUCUCUCUAUACAUCGGAAAAACUUGAUCAUGAAACCACUCACCAGCAUAUUCUUACAGUCAUGGUACGAGAUCAAGAUGUACCUGUAAAGCGCAACUUUGCAAGGAUUGCUGUGAAUGUCAGCGACACGAAUGACCAUGCCCCAUGGUUCACAAGUUCUACCUAUGAAGGACGGGCUUAUGAAUCAGCGGCUAUUGGCUCCGUGGUGUUGCAGGUCACAGCUCUGGACAAGGAUAAAGGGGAAAAUGCUGAAGUGCUAUACUCUAUUGAAUCAGGGAAUAUUGGAAAUUCUUUCACAAUUGAUCCCAUCUUGGGUUCUAUAAAAACUGCCAAAGAAUUAGAUCGAAGUAAACAAGUGGAAUAUGAUUUGAUGGUAAAAGCAACAGAUAAAGGCAAUCCACCGAUGAGUGAAGUAACUUCUGUGCAUAUCUUUGUCACAAUUGCUGACAAUGCCUCUCCUAAGUUUACAUCAAAAGAGUAUUCUGUUGAAAUUAGUGAAACUAUCAGCACUGGGAGCUUUGUAGGAAUGGUGUCAGCCCAUAGUCAGUCAUCAGUAGUCUAUGAAAUAAAAGAUGGAAAUAUAGCUGAUGCUUUUGAUAUCAAUCCACAUUCUGGAAGUAUUGUCACUCAGAAAGCCCUGGACUUUGAAACUUUGCCCAUUUAUACAUUGAUAAUACAAGGAACCAACAUGGCUGGCUUGUCUACUAACACAACUGUUCUAGUCCAUCUUCAGGAUGAAAAUGACAACUUGCCAAUUUUUGUGCAAACUGAAUAUACUGGACUCAUUAGCGAAUCAGCUUCAAUUAACAGUGUGGUCCUAACAGACAAGAAUGUCCCGUUAGUGAUUCGGGCAACUGACUUAGAUAAAGAAUCAAAUUCUUUGCUUGUUUAUCACAUUGUUGAACCAUCAAUACACAAAUAUUUUGCUAUUGAUCCUAGCACUGGUGCUAUUCAUACAGUACAAAGUUUGGACUAUGAAGAAACAAGCACUUUUCACUUUACUGUACAAGUCCAUGACAUGGGAACACCACGUUUGUUUGCUGAAUAUGCAGCUAAUGUAACUAUACAUGUAAUUGACAUCAAUGACUGCCCUCCAGUAUUCUCCAGAUCAUUGUAUGAAGCAUCUCUUUUGUUACCAACAUACAGAGGAGUAAAAAUCAUCACUGUAAAUGCUACAGAUGCUGAUUCAAGAGCAUUCUCACAGUUACUAUAUUCCAUCACUGAAGGCAACAUUGGAGAGAAGUUUCUUAUGGACUAUAAGACUGGUACUCUAACUGUCCAAAACACAACUCAGUUAAGAAGUCGCUAUGAGUUAACCAUCAGAGCUUCUGAUGGUAGAUUUGCCAGUUUUACCUCUGUAAAGAUUAAUGUGAAAGAAAGUAAAGAAAGUCAGCUAAAAUUUACCCAAGAUGUCUACUCAGCAGUUGUAAGAGAGAAUUCCACAGAAGCCAGAACAUUAGCUGUCAUCACUGCUAUUGGAAAUCCCAUCAAUGAGCCAUUAUUUUAUCAAAUUCUCAACCCAGAUCGCAGAUUUAAAAUAAGCCGUACAUCAGGAGUUCUGUCAACCACGGGUAUACCAUUUGACCGUGAGCAGCAGGAGGUAUUUGAUGUGGUAGUGGAGGUGACGCAAGAACAUAAACCUUCAGCAGUGGCUCAUGUUAUCGUGAAGGUCACCAUAGAAGAUCAAAAUGAUAAUGCACCAGUGUUUGUCAACCUUCCUUACUAUGCUGUUGUUAAAGUGGAUACUUCAGUGGGACACAUUAUUCGCCACGUUACCGCUGUAGACAGAGAUGUUGGCAGAAAUGGGGAAAUACAUUACUACCUUAAAGAACAUCAUGAAAACUUUCAAAUUGGACCUUCAGGAGAAAUUUCAUUGAAAAGGCAAUUUGAACCUGAUACCUUAAAUAAAGAAUAUGUAGUUACAGUGGUUGCAAAAGAUGGCGGAAACCCUGCUUUUUCCACAGAAGUUAUGGUUCCAAUCACUGUGAUGAACAAAGCCAUGCCUGUGUUUGAAAAACCUUUCUACAGUGCAGAGAUUCCUGAGAAUAUCCAGGUGCACAGUCCAGUGGUCCAUGUACAAGCCAACAGUCCAGAAGGGCUGAAAGUGUUUUAUAGCAUCACAGAUGGGGAUCCUUUUAGCCAGUUUACUAUCAACUUUAACACAGGUGUUAUAAAUGUCAUAUCUCCUCUGGAUUUUGAGUCCCACCCAGCAUAUAAAUUGAACAUACGAGCCACUGACUCUUUGACAGGUGCUCAUGCUGAAGUAUUUGUUGACAUAAUAGUAGAAGACAUCAACGAUAACCCUCCUGUGUUUGUUCAGCAGUCUUAUGCUACAACGCUGUCCGAGGCAUCCGUAAUUGGAACAUCUAUUGUUCAAGUGAGAGCAACAGAUUCUGAUUCAGAACCAAAUAGAGGAAUUUCAUACCAUAUGUUUGGCAAUCAUAGCAAGAGUCAUGAUCAUUUCCACAUAGAUAGCAGCACUGGUCUCAUUUCACUAGUCAGAGGUUUGGAUUAUGAGCAGUUCCAACAACACAAAAUUUUUGUAAGGGCUGUUGAUAGUGGCAUGCCCUCACUAAGCAGUGAGGUGAUUGUCACAGUAGAUGUCACUGACCUCAACGAUAAUCCUCCAUUAUUUGACCAACAUAUUUAUGAAGCCAAAAUUAGUGAGCAUGCCACUCAUGGGCAUUUUGUGACCUGUGUAAAAGCCUAUGAUGCAGACAGUUCAGACAUAGACAAAUUGGAAUAUUCCAUUCUGUCUGGCAAUGAUCAUAAGAAUUUUGUCAUUGACAGUGAAACAGGGAUUAUCACAUUCUCAAACCUGCGCCGACACACCUUGAAGCCAUUUUACAGCCUUAACAUUUCUGUUUCUGAUGGAGUCUUUAGAAGUUCGGCUCAGGUUCAUAUAACUGUAAUUGGAGGCAAUUUGCACAGUCCUGUAUUUCUUCAGAAUGAGUAUGAAGUGGAGCUAGCUGAAAAUGCUCCCUUACACACCCUGGUGAUUGAGGUUAAAGCAACUGAUAGGGAUUCUGGUAUUUAUGGUCACUUUACUUAUCAUAUUGUAAAUGACUUUGCCAAAGACAAAUUUUAUACAAAUGAGAGAGGACAGAUAUUUACUUUGGAAAAACUUGACCGAGAAACUCCAGCAGAAAAAGUAAUUGCAAUUCGUUUAAUGGCUAAGGAUGCUGGAGGAAAAGUUGCUUUUUGCACUGUUAAUGUCAUCCUUACAGAUGACAAUGAUAAUGCACCACAGUUUCGGGCCACCAAAUAUGAAGUGAACAUUGGAUCCAGUGCUUCCAAAGGAACAUCAGUCAUUAAAGUUCUUGCAAGUGAUGCAGACGAGGGUUCCAAUGCUGAUGUCACCUAUGCCAUGGAAGCGGAUUCUGAAAGUGUUAAGGAGAAUUUGGAAAUCAACAAACUGUCUGGCAUAAUUACAACAAAGGAAAGCUUAAUUGGCCUAGAAAAUGAGUUCUUCACUUUCUUUGUUAGAGCUGUGGAUAAUGGGUCUCCACCAAGAGAGUCUGUUGUGCCUGUCUAUGUGAAAAUACUUCCACCAGAAAUUCAGCUUCCAAAAUUUUCAGAACCAUUUUACACCUAUACUGUUUCAGAAGACAUCCCUAUUGGGACAGAAAUUGAUCUCAUCCGAGCAGAACAUAGUGGGACUAUUCUUUAUAGCCUUGUCAAAGGAAACACUCCAGAAAGUAAUAGGGAUGAGUUCUUUGUGAUUGACAAACAGAGUGGUAGACUGAAACUGGAGAAGAGUCUUGACCAUGAGACAACUAAGUGGUAUCAGUUUUCCAUACUUGCCAGGUGUACUCACAAUGACUAUGAGGUGGUGGCUUUUGUAGAUGUUAGUAUCCAAGUAAAAGAUGCAAAUGAUAACAGCCCAGUCUUGGAGUCUAACCCAUAUGAGGCAUUUAUUGUUGAAAACCUACCUGGAGGUAGUAGAGUCAUCCAGGUCAGGGCAUCUGAUCUUGACUCUGGAACCAAUGGCCAAGUUAUGUAUAGUCUAGAUCAGUCACAGAGUGUAGAAGUCAUUGAAUCUUUUGCCAUUAACAUGGAAACAGGUUGGAUUACAACCCUAAAAGAACUGGACCAUGAAAAGAGACACAAUUACCAGAUUAAAGUGGUUGCAUCUGACCAUGGUGAAAAGGUUCAGCUCUCCUCCACAGCCAUUGUGGAUGUCACUGUCACUGAUGUCAAUGACAGCCCUCCUCGAUUCACUGCAGAGAUUUAUAAAGGAACUGUGAGUGAAGACGACCUACCCGGUGGUGUCAUUGCCAUCUUAAGUACCACAGAUGCUGAUUCUGAAGAGAUCAACAGACAAGUUACAUAUUACAUAACAGGUGGGGAUCCUUUGGGGCAAUUUGCUGUUGAAAAUAUACAGAAUGAAUGGAAAGUCUAUGUGAAGAAACCUCUAGAUAGGGAAAAAAGGGACAAUUAUCUUCUCACUAUAACAGCAACUGAUGGAACCUUCUCUUCAAAAGCUAUAGUUGAAGUAAAAGUUCUUGAUGCAAAUGACAAUAGUCCAGUUUGUGAAAAGGAUUUAUAUUCAGACAUGAUUCCAGAAGAUGCAUUUCCUGGGAAAUUGGUUAUGCAGGUCUCUGCUACAGAUGCAGAUAUCCGUUCCAAUGCUGAAAUUGCUUACACAUUAUUUGGUCCCGGUGCAGAAAAAUUCCAACUAAAUCCAGAUACAGGUGAAUUGAAAACAUUAGCCCCCCUUGAUCGUGAAGAACAGGCAGUUUAUAAUCUUCAAGUUAAGGCCACAGAUGGAGGGGGAAGAUUCUGUCAAGCUAAUAUUGUGCUCACUUUAGACGAUGUGAAUGAUAAUACCCCUGAAUUCUCUGCUGAUCCAUAUACCGUUACUGUGUUUGAAAACACGGAGCCUGGAACCUUGCUGACUAGAGUGCAGGCCUCAGACGCAGAUGCAGGAUUGAAUCGCAAGAUAACCUACUCGAUGAUUAACUCUGCUGACGGACAGUUCUCCAUUAAUGAGUUAUCUGGAAUCAUUCAGCUAGAAAGACCUUUGGAUAGAGAACUACAAGCAGUAUAUACUCUAACUUUGAAAGCUGUAGAUCAAGGUUUGCCAAGGAGGCUGACAGCUACUGGCACUGUGAUUGUAUCAGUUUUGGAUAUAAAUGACAACCCACCUGUGUUUGAAUAUCGUGAAUAUGGUGCUACUGUAUCUGAGGACAUUCUGAUUGGAACAGAGGUUCUUCAAGUGUAUGCAGCAAGUCGUGAUAUUGAAGCAAAUGCAGAGAUCACCUAUUCAAUAAUAAGUGGGAACGAACAUGGAAAAUUCAGCAUAGAUUCUAAAACAGGAGCCGUAUUUAUCAUUGAGAAUCUGGAUUAUGAAAACUCUCAUGAAUAUUAUCUGACUGUAGAAGCUACUGAUGGAGGCACUCCUUCAUUAAGUGAUGUCGCAACUGUGAACAUUAAUGUAACAGAUAUCAAUGAUAACACACCAGUCUUCAGCCAAGACACCUACACAGCAGUGAUCGGUGAAGAUGCUGUUCUUGAGCAAUCUGUCAUCACGGUUAUGGCUGAUGAUGCUGAUGGACCUUUGAAUAGCCACAUCCACUAUUCAAUUAUAGAUGGCAAUCAAGGAAGUCCAUUUACAAUUGACCCAAACAAGGGAGAAGUGAAAGUGACCAAACUUCUAGAUCGUGAAACGAUUUCAGGUUACACACUCACAGUUCAGGCUUCUGAUAAUGGUAGUCCACCGAGAGUCAACACAACCACUGUCAACAUAGAUGUGUCUGAUGUCAAUGACAACGCUCCCCUCUUCUCCAAGGGAAACUACAGUGUUUUUAUACAGGAAAACAAGCCCAUUGGCUUCAGUGUACUACAGCUUGUAGUAACAGACAAAGAUUCUUCUCAUAAUGGGCCUCCCUUCUUCUUUACUAUUGAGAAUGGAAAUAAUGACAAAGCAUUUGAAAUUAAUCAGCAAGGAGUCCUCCUGACUUCAGCUGCCAUAAAGAGGAAAGUGAAAGAUCAUUAUUUACUACAUGUUAAGGUGGAAGAUAAUGGAAAACCUCAGUUAUCAUCUUUGACAUAUGUUGACAUUAGAGUAAUUGAAGAAAGCAUCUACCCUCCUGCAAUUUUUCCACUGGAAAUUUUUAUUACUACUGUGGGAGAGGAAUACUCAGGUGGUGUCAUUGGGAAGAUUCAUGCAACAGACCAAGAUGUUUAUGACACUUUAACCUACAGUCUUGAUCCCCAAAUGGACAACCUCUUCUCUGUUUCCAGCACAGGGGGUAAGCUGAUAGCACACAAAAAACUAGACAUAGGACAAUACCCUCUCAACAUCAGUGUAACAGAUGGAAAGUUUACAACGGCAGCUGACAUCACCGUGCACAUCAGACAAGUUACACAAGAGAUGUUGAACCACACCAUUGCUAUUCGCUUUGCCAAUCUCACUCCAGAAGAGUUUGUUGGUGACUACUGGCGCAAUUUCCAGCGAGCUUUAAGGAACAUCUUAGGUCUGAAGAGGAAUGACAUACAGAUUGUUAGUUUGCAGCCCUCUGAACCUCACCCACAUCUGGAUGUCUUACUUUUUGUAGAGAAAUCUGGUAGUGCCCAGGUUUCAACAAAACAGCUUCUGCACAAGAUCAAUUCUUCUCUGACUGAUAUUGAGGAAAUCAUUGGUGUCCGGAUAUUAGAUAUAUUCCAGAAGCUCUGUGCAGGAUUGGAUUGCCCAUGGAAAUUUUGUGAUGAAAAGGUAUCUGUAGACGAAAAUGUCAUGUCAACGCAUAGCACAGCUAGACUCAGUUUUGUGACUCCCCGCCACCAUAGAACAGCUGUGUGUCUCUGCAAAGAGGGAAAAUGUCCACUUGUUCACCACGGAUGUGAAGACAAUCCAUGUCCUCAGGGAUCUGAAUGUGUCUCUGAUCCCAGAGAAGAAAAGUAUACCUGUGUCUGCUCGGGUGGCAAGUUUGGACAGUGCCCAGGAAGCUCAUCUCUAACAUUUAGUGGAAAUAGCUUUGUGAAAUACCGCCUAAUGGACAAUGAAAACAAAUUAGAGAUGAAAUUGACCAUGAGGCUCCGAACUUACUCCACUCAUGCAGUUGUGAUGUAUGCCCGAGGUACUGACUAUAGCAUCUUAGAGAUUCAUAAUGGAAGGCUGCAGUACAAAUUUGACUGUGGAAGUGGCCCUGGAAUCGUCUCUGUCCAAAGCAUCCAGGUUAAUGAUGGACUGUGGCAUGCAGUAUCUCUUGAAGUGAAUGGAAACUAUGCUAGAUUGGUUCUAGACCAAGUUCACACUGCAUCUGGCACAGCUCCAGGGACCCUGAAAACCCUUAAUCUGGACAACUAUGUGUUUUUUGGUGGCCACAUUCGCCAGCAAGGCACAAGGCAUGGAAGAAGCCCCCAAGUUGGUAAUGGGUUCCGGGGUUGUAUGGAUUCCAUUUAUUUGAAUGGACAAGAGCUCCCCUUAAAUAACAAACCCAGAAGCCAUGCACAUAUUGAAGAAUCAGUGGAUGUGUCUCCUGGCUGCCUAUUAACAGCUACUGAAGACUGCUCAAGUAACCCUUGCCAGAAUGGAGGCAUUUGCAACCCAUCCCCUACUGGAGGUUAUUACUGCAAAUGCAAUGCCUUGCACAUUGGGACAUACUGUGAGGUGAGCGUCAAUCCAUGUUCCUCAAACCCAUGCCUUUAUGGUGGUACAUGCGUUGUGGACAAUGGAGAUUUUGUUUGCCAGUGUAGAGGAUUAUAUACUGGUCAGAGGUGUCAAAUUAGUCCAUACUGCAAAGAUGAACCCUGUAAAAAUGGAGGAACUUGUUUUGACAGUUUAGAUGGUGCUGUCUGUCAGUGUGAUUCAGGCUUUAGAGGAGAAAGGUGUCAGAGUGACAUUGAUGAAUGUGUUGGAAAUCCCUGCCAAAAUGGAGCACUGUGUGAGAACACACCUGGCUCCUAUCACUGUAACUGCAGCCGUGAGUACAAAGGAAAGCACUGUGAGGAAGCUGCUCCCAAUCAAUAUGUGUCCACCCCAUGGAAUAUUGGAUUGGCAGAAGGGAUAGGAAUUAUGGUUUUUAUCAUGGGGAUAUUUUUACUGGUGGUCAUGUUUGUCCUCUGUCGCAAGAUGAUUAAUCGAAAGAAGAAACACCAGGCCGAACCUGAAGACAAACACUUGGGACCUAGCACAGCUUUCUUACAACGACCGUAUUUCGACUCAAAGCUGAAUAAGAACAUUUAUUCAGACAUACCACCCCAGGUGCCUGUCAGGCCUAUUUCCUACACUCCAAGCAUUCCAAGUGACUCUAGAAACAAUCUUGACCGAAAUUCCUUUGAAGGAUCUGCUAUACCAGAGCAUCCAGAAUUCAGUACUUUCAACCCCGAGUCGGUACACGGACACCGAAAAGCCGUGGCUGUCUGCAGCGUAGCUCCAAACUUGCCUCCUCCGCCUCCUUCUAACUCUCCUUCUGACAGUGACUCCAUCCAGAAACCUAACUGGGACUUCGAUUAUGACACUAAAGUAGUGGAUCUUGACCCCUGUCUCUCCAAGAAACCUCUGGAGGAAAAGCCUUCACAUCCAUACAGUGCACGAGAAAGUCUGUCUGAAGUGCAGUCCCUUAGCUCUUUUCAGUCUGAAUCAUGUGAUGACAAUGAGUCUUUGGCUGCUCCUGACCUCAGCAAACCAAGAGGGUAUCACUGGGAUACAUCAGAUUGGAUGCCAGCUGUUCCUCUCCCAGAUAUACAAGAAUACCCCAAUUAUGAGGUUAUUGAUGAGCAAACGCCCCUGUACUCAGCUGAUCCAAAUGCCAUUGAUACGGACUAUUACCCUGGGGGUUAUGACAUUGAGAGUGAUUUUCCACCACCACCAGAAGACUUUCCAGCACCUGAUGAACUACCACCAUUACCUCCAGAAUUCAGUGAUCAGUUUGAAUCCAUUCACCCUCCUAGAGACAUGCCUGCUACAGGUAGUUUGGGUUCUUCAUCAAGAAGCCGGCAGAGGUUCCACUUGAAUCAGUAUCUGCCCAAUUUCUAUCCCAUUGAUAUGUCGGAACCUCAUAAAACAGGCCCUGGUGAGAAUAGUACUUACAGAGAACCCUAUGCCCCUUACCCUCCAGGGUAUCAAAGAAACUUUGAUGCCCCCACUGUAGAAAACAUGCCCAUGUCUGUGUAUACCUCCACGGCUUCCUGCUCUGAUGUGUCAGCGUGCUGUGAAGUGGAGUCUGAGGUCAUGAUGAGUGACUAUGAGAGUGGAGACGAUGGCCACUUUGAAGAGGUGACGAUUCCUCCACUAGAUUCACAACAACAUACGCAAGUCUGACUCCCCCCAAAGUGCCUGGAAUGAACCUGGAGAUUAUAUAUAAAUGAUCUUCUGCAUUGUUCCUUGCAGUGCUUUAGUGCUUCUUCUUUUUUUUUUUUUUUUGUGAGCUAAUAUGAGCAUAACUGCACUGAAUUAUGCACCUCUUGACAUGUUAGCCAUUUCCAGUAUCCUAACCUACUGUAAUUGGGUGAAAUGUCCGUUGGCUGUGCCAUUUCUUAGCAUUUUUUUUUUUUUUUACUUAACCUUUGUCUGUUUAGUGAAAAGAAAAAUCAGUCUUCCCAUCCUGUUAGCAUGAUUUAUGUAUUUAUAUAGAUUUGUUUAUUUUAAUUUUUUGUCUUUUGUAAAUUUUAUGUACAGAUUUGAUUUUUUUUCAUCGUUUUUAAUUAGAUUUUCAAGAUAUUUUUGUGCUUUUUUUUUUUUUUACUGAAUUCUGAAUUUUAGUGGUGUUAGUAUCACUGUCUAGCAUCCUGAUUUUUUUUUUAAUAUAACCAGGGUUCAUUCUAUGUCCUUUUCCACUGAAAUCUGACAUUUCAUUAAAACAUUUCAGUAAAGUUAUGUAUUUCUAGCUGUACAUAGGAUAAGGAAAAAGCUGAUACCUGAACAUGUCUUAAGUGGGUUGCUGUAUUUUAGAAUUAUAAACAUUUUUCAUUAUUGGAAAGUGUAAUGGGGACCUUCUGCAUACUUGUUUAAAACCAAAACCACCAUGACACAGUUUUUAUAGUGUCUGUAUAUUUGUGAUGCAAUGGUCUUGUAAAGGUUUUUACUGAAAACUAUCAUUAGCCAGUCUUUCUUACUGACAAUAAAUUAUUAAUAAAAUACUUUAGCGUUC